UAAAAAGAUGUGAUAAACUUGAGGGAAAAAUCAACAACACAAGCAUUCCAAUGCUUGAAACCUUGUAUAUUAAUGAAUGGGAAAAUCUAAGAUCAAUCAGUGAAUUGAGUAACUCCACUCACCUCACCAGCCUGGAUAUAAUACGAUGCCCACAUAUUGUGUCACUUCCAGGGCUUCAGCUAUCAAACCUCACCCGUUUGGAAAUUUUUAAAUGUGAAAGUCUGGAGUCAUUACCUGAGCUAUCGAAUCUCACCAGUUUGUCAGUUAGUGAUUGUGACAGUCUGGAGUCAUUACCUGAGCUAAAGAAUCUCUCCUUGUUAAAAGAGCUGGAAAUCAGAAGGUGUCCAGGCAUUGAUGUUUCCAUUCAUUGUGUGCAUUGGCCUCCCAAAUUGUGUUCCCUUGAACUAGAAGGGUUGAAGAAGCCCAUAUCAGAGUGGGGGGAUCUGAAUUUUCCAACUUCCCUUGUUGACCUAACGUUAUAUGGUGAACCCCAUAUGAGGAAUUUUAGUCAGUUGUCCCACCUUUUCCCUUCUUCUCUUACAUCUCUGGAGAUAAACAAAUUUGAUAAUCUGGAAUCACUUUCAACCGGACUCCAACACCUCACAUCCCUUCAACAUCUGGCCAUUUUCAGCUGCCCAAAGGUGAACGAUCUACCAGAGACGCUGUUACCUUCACUUUUGAGUUUGAGAAUACUGGAAUGCCCAAAAUUGAAAGAAAGGUGUGAAGGAAGAGGCUCCCAUUACUGGCCCCUCAUCUCUCAUAUCCCCUGCAUCGACAAUUGAAGACUAAUUGAAAGAAAGUCACUGAAAAAAGAUUUCCUGUCGUGAAUACCAAAUCACCGGAGACAUCGUACCACCAUCUUCACACAUCA